GAAAGCGAGAGAGGGGGGAAAUUAGCAACCAAAUGAGCGAGAACGUACAAACAAGAGAUUUCGUUAUCCACUGAACUCAUCAUCCAUCGCAGCAGCAAGAUCGUAAAUUUUCUCGGGAAACAAACAGAAAAAUGGCUGCUUGCUCUACGUCCCUUCUUCUACCAUCAGGUUCCGUAACUGGAAAGGGAUUCAAAGUAAAGCAUCAGAGUGAAGCAAGAGGCACAGCCACGAGGCUUAGAAUCAGAGCUUCAGGAACAAGAGAGAAAAUUCGCGAAACGAAUCUCCCCAGCCGUAGGGAAGUAAUCCAAUUGGUCAUCGGUGCUUCUGCAUUGUCUAUCAGCUCUCUCGUAGCCAAUGCGGCGGGAUUGCCUCCAGAAGAAAAGCCGAGACUUUGCGACGAUACGUGCGAGAAAGAGCUUGAAAAUGUUCCGAUGGUAACUACAGAAUCGGGGCUUCAGUAUAAGGAUAUCAAAGUCGGUGCAGGUCCUAGUCCUCCGGUUGGUUUUCAGGUAGCCGCAAAUUAUGUGGCUAUGGUUCCAUCAGGGCAGAUUUUCGACAGUUCACUAGAGAAAGGGCGACCGUAUCUAUUUCGUGUUGGGUCUGGCCAGGUGAUUAAAGGGCUUGACGAGGGGAUCCUGAGCAUGAAAAUCGGCGGCAAACGCAGACUCUACAUCCCUGGCCCUUUGGCGUUCCCGAAAGGUCUGACCUCGGCUCCAGGGAGGCCGAGGGUUCCCCCGAGCAGUCCCGUGGUAUUCGACGUUAGCUUAGAGUACAUUCCUGGCCUCGAGGCUGAUGAGGAGUAAAAACUCUGAGCCGGAAUCUCUGUUCUGUAAUGAUCUUCAACCAUAUCUUAUGUUUUGCAUUUGUUGGUAUGA